UAAUCGCUAGAAAGAGAAACGUAGGACUCCAUGUAACGUAAGUUUGUUUUGUAUCUGUGUUCGUAAAGUAUCAUCUACACUGCGAAUAACGUUUCCCGCGCAUUUUAUCGUUAAAAAUUGACACGGGUUUGGUGCACUUUGGUAGGUUAGCCGCUUUAGCUCGACCGUUGGAUAGAAAGCCUCGUAAAGUACGCAAAUUGCCUUGAAAGUUUGUCGCGGUGUAGCGUCUUUCGAAAACUAAGCCGGGAACAAUGUCUUAUGCACGGAAUAUUUAUUUCUAUACGACGGUCAUUUUCUUCGCAGGGUGCAAAUUUAUAUUCACGAUAGACGCGGUAAGUGCUGCACGGCAUUUAAGCGUGCCAGAUAUCGGGUUUGUCAUUCCGUGCUAGGUUAUGUCGAGCAACGACGAGAUUAACACUCUCUCCUGAAUUAAUCAGUGGCAGGAAAAAGGCUUGUGUAAUGGACUCGUCUGAUGGUAGAGAUCACUAAUAGAUGCGUCUCAGCUCGAGGUUCAAGGAUCCGUUGCCUCGCGUCGUCGAGGAAUGGCGCGAAGCGAAGCGACGCGUCGGUUUUCCACGCUAGCCGGCCUCGCGUCGUCGACGUAGAAGACCCGGUGAACUCGCGCGAGACAACCAGACGUCCGCGGACCGGCAAAGCCGCCGCGCGCGGUUUAAAACGAGAAACAAAGUGCGAUCGCGUUCCCCCGAUACUCGGUAAGCGACUUUCGCGACACGCGCGAUAGCCAAUCGCCGCGUAUCGUGAUCAAAGUUGCCGACAGGCGGAACAAGACAGAGAUAGAGAGAGAGAGAUAUAGAAGCCUUUGAUCGGACCGGGCAUUUUCGACGUGGCGGCGCUACGUUGGCCGAAUCGCGUGCAACAUGUUCGGGACGAAACUGCGCACGUGGAUGGAGGCGCAUAUCGUGCGAUCGAAAAAGAAGAAGGACAGGAAGAAAGGGGAGAAGGGAUUCGAUUCGAACUGCAACUCUCCGAGGAAUCACAGUGCCAACAGGUCCCCCGCCUUGCACCAAGUACACCCGGUGGACUCGCCGUCGAAGAACGUGGAUGGUAUUCGGUUGCACGGGGAAGUUAGCUACGGUGGUAUCGCGUCCUCGACCGCGACGGCGUCCGCCUCCUCCGGGACGUCGGCUGGCACUGGUAGCGUGAACCUCUCGUCGCCGGAAAGCGCCUACAGCACCGGAUACUCGACGGACGGCACCUCGCCCGGAACGAGCUUUCCACCGGAGUAUUACAUAAACAUCAGGACCGGGACUCACUAUUUUCAGAGCAACGGGAGACCGAAGAGGCCGGUCGACGCCGCCGAUCUACCGGCCGCCAACGCCCUACUCGCUGGUCAUGGGAACGUCGAGGCAGCCGCCAACCUCGCGAACAUGACCAGGAACAACGAACAACCGAGGGACGUCAGGAACUGCACCCCGAGCAAGGUCAACGAACGUCUGGGAGGUCAAGGACCGAAGGAGCAGUCGCAGCGGGUGCACUCGCAAGCGCAAACGCAACAGGACAGGUACCAUCGACGGACCGAGUCGUUUUCCGCCGACUCCUCGAGGAGCAACCUGGCCGUGCCCUCUUCGAUACCGCCGCCAUUGGUUUCACCCUCGGUGCAGUCGCCCAGGGAACGUUCCCGCAUCCGAACGAAUCCUUGGCUGUCCGCCAACUCGUCAGGAUCCAGCACCGCGGGCUUCAAGUCGAGAUUCAACCUGGACGACACCAGCAGCAGCUCGGGCCUCAAGCUCACGGAAUCCUCCGGAAGCGCCAGCGACGUCAACGUGAACAGUGCUCGUGAAGGACGCGCUAGGAAGGAAUUCAAGCAAGAAAGCCUCAGCGCUGGCAGAAGCCCAGUGAACCAGAAUUGGAGGAUCGCCUCGGGUCUGGAGAUUCGACCGAAGAUGGCGCUGUCCGUGCAACGACGCAGCAGCAGCAGCAGCAGCAGUAGCAGCAGCAGUGCCAGCAACACCAGCAGCGGGAACAGCACCAGCACCAGCGCCAGCAGCAGAAGCAACGAAAACGGGAACGAGAACGGAAACGGGAACUGCAACGGUUCGUCCGCGUCGUCGGUGACCAGAAGCGUCCGAUCAUCCGAGGACGACAUCACUCUGAACGAGAUGAUGGGCAAGUUCGACGAGAGCUACGUGUACGAAAAAGAGACGGACAUUCUGUCCGACAGCGACCCGACCGACUGCGAGGAUUACAUAGACUCGUUGUCCGACGUGGACCCGGCCCGGGAGGUCGUCGACGAGAACGAUCCGUUGGAGAACGACGAGUUCGACUACAUCGACAACGGCUCGUUCCUCGAUCUCGACAACCUGGACUGCUCGGGACGGUUCCCCAACACCGGCCAUUGCACCUACUUCGCGUUCACCGGCGAACUGGCGCGUCGUAGCAGCAAGCUGCGCGAAUCCCUGGUAAAACGCAGGAUCAAGGAGGACGCGACGAUGCUUCAGAGAACGCCCAGCGCUAAAAGCGGCAGCGCUAAGAGGCAGAGCACCCGACACAAGAAGCCGGACGAGAAACAGCAGAGCGAGAAACGAAAGAAGAAGAUCUCCCAGCGUCGUAAGUCGACGUCGGAGAGGUGCAACGACGAAACGGGAAAUCUGAAUUGCGUGUUGGUGGAAAGAAUGCUGCUGAAGAACUCUGGCUUUAAUCAAGGUAGCAGAAGCGUCGGGGGCACGCCCAUAUGCCGGCGUCGAAGAAAACACGAUGUCAACAAGAAUUUAUCGCCGAUGAGGUUAAUGGACGAUCGAUCAACAGUUCAAUCGACCGCUGUCGUCGAUAGCGAGAUCGUCAAAAGGCGAUCCAAUUCGGUGAGCUACGUGAACGGCAACAUAGUCAGGCGACGGAUAACUGGCAAUGCCUACAUGACCACCUUCGCCUCAGAAAUUGCUCUGAUCGAGGCGGACAAAGAAGCGGACAAAAAGUAUCGCGAGCUGAUACUCGAGGCGGAGAACAUCCUGGUGAAUAUGCAGAAGAGUCAGAACAGCAUGCCCAUCAUGCCGUCGCCGUCGCGGAAAUUCCACAACGGUUUGGCGAACAAACGCGUCGAGCUCAUCAAGAACACCGAGCUGAAUAUCGAGCUCGCCCUCUCCAAGAGCAGAAACUCCCAGCCGGAAUUGCAGAGCGGCAGCAUCAGAGACCUCGAGCACACCAGUCCCAAGAGACAGUUCACGCAACCUUGUUCACCGAUUCGCUUGUUCAUGGAAAGGAACUCACCGGGUGGAUUCCUUCCGAAGGAAAACUGUUGCAGGCCAGAAACACCCAUCAAGUACUCGACUGCCGCAUCCCCGAUCGCCGCUAGAAGGACUCCACCUGCUCAACAUUCGCCCUGCAGAAGCCUGCUACGCUCUCGUCCGAUAGGCGUCGAGCAGGAUAGCAACGACUACUGCAACGGGACGCGAGCAGUGCCUCUGAACUGCAACGGUAUCCUCCGACCAUCUAUAGACUUGGAGGACCCUAUGGCGCAGACUCAAAAUUCUUUCCAGGCCAGAUCUCGCCCAGUUUUACCACCGAGAGAUCCACUUGUCGGUAGCAGAAAAGACCUUCGCAUCUCGAGAUCAACAAAGGAGGAAGGCGUGACGUCGAGCUCGUCGGACUCCGAGGAAAGAUGCGAUGUUAGGAGAAGGACACCUUUGCUGACCUUCAGGUCGAUCGACAUGGGACCGAUAAAAGAGAGUUCUUCCUACUGUCCGCAAAGCGAGCCAGUGAAAAGGAAAGUGUACGCUGGGAGCGCAACUUAUGGAAGAAUACAGAAAACGUUGGGGGAGCACGUUACCUUGAGGAACUCUGACGGGGAUACAGCUACCGACGACACUGACGACUCGAGACGAUCUCUGAAGGAGAAGGUGGCUCAGCUUCGUCGAGACCGACUGGCCGCCGAAGCGAACGCGAACACUCAGGAUUCGCAGAUUUUCCAGCACCAGCUGUCGCAAUUGCGGAGACAGAUGCUGAUGCAAACCAUCGAGGGCUUGAAACGAAGCCUCGAGGAUCAGUCUGCGACUUUGAAGCAGACCUGCUUGGAGCCGGCGUCGCUGCAGUUGCGUGCAACGCAAAGUCGCAAGGUGGCAUUGUGUUACUUCAUGGACCUAACGAUGUUUAGAAAUUUAUCAAGACGUCCAAGCAUGAAACGAUUAAUCAGCUUCUGUUUAGUUCAUUUGUACAUAUUAAUAUCGUAUUGCAACGCGGAGGAUAUUUUAGGCUGCGGGGGAUUCCUGCAGAGUCACGCCGAUAUCGACUUUGCAAAAGUUCAGAUAAAUUUAUAUACAAAAGCUGGUAGCCUUAAGGACAACACGGAAUGUGCUCCUAAUAAUGGAUAUUACUUUCUUCCUCUGUAUGAUAAGGGAGAAUACGUAUUGAAGGUGGAUCCACCCAGAGGAUGGAGCUUCGAACCUACGGAAGUUGUGUUAAACGUGGACGGAGUAACCGAUGCCUGCAGCCAAGGCAAAGACAUCAACUUUACCUUCAAAGGUUUUGGCAUCACAGGCAAGGUCAUUAGUUUAGGGACAGACUUUGGACCUAAAGGAGUUACGGUCACGUUGUAUAACGAGGACAACAAACAAGUUCCUGUUGGAACAACGGUUACAGCGGAGGGUGGAAUAUUUUAUUUCACGCCGAUACAGCCUGGUCAAUACACGCUCGUAGCAUCCCACCCUACAUGGAUGUUGGAGAAAGAUACUGUCAAAGUAACAGUGCGGGAAGGCAACACGGAACUUCCGGAUGGUAGCUUGGUAAUCUUCGGUUACGAUGCCAGUGGUCGCGUUACUAGCGAAGAGGAACCAGUUAGCGGUGUAACCUUCGUUCUGUUUGGAAAUGGCGUGGCUAAGAACUGUGCAACGACGUCUAUAAGCAAGGACCUUCAAUCCAGGAAACCCCUUUGUCACGUCAUGUCGGACAAAAGUGGAAAAUUCGUGUUUCCAAGUUUGUCGCCCGGCGAAUAUAAACUCGUGCCCUACUAUGCCGGUGCUCAGACCAAAUUCGACGUUCAACCCACGGAGUUGGUGUUCAAAGUAAACCACAACAGCGUCGUACUGCGCCAAGGGUUUAAAGUAACCGGUUUCACGGUGAGCGGUAUAGUUCUGACCGCCACCAAUGGAGAUCCUUUGCCGGGUGCGAAAAUUCUGUUGUCACAAAAGGAAGUCGCGACGACUGACGCAAAUGGAAGAUACGUGUUGGAUAAUAUGAAGGCUGGACAGUAUUCCCUGAAAGCUGAGAGCAAUGAUGUGGUGUUCGACGAAAAGUCUGUAAAAAUCUCUCCCAGUUCCCCGGAACUUCCAAUACUCACACCGUCGGCGUACAAAGUUUCCGGAAGAGUUACCCUAUCGGCGAAAGAGACGCUUCAUUAUCGUAAAGUGUCUGUACAGAACACAGCCGCCACGUUCAACAAAGAAAUCGAUACGAAGGCAGGGGAAUUUUCCAUCUACCUCCCUCCCGACAGAUACCAAUUGACCGUAGUUGUAAGCGCGGAAGAAAGAGCUAAAGGCUUACAAUUCUUCCCGCUUCAACAAACCAUCGACGUGUCGUCUCGACCAGUGUUCAACGUCAACUUCCUGCAACUGAAGGCGACGUUAACGGGUACGGUAAAAUGUUUACCGGAUACCGAUUGCAGUCAGGCUUCCGUUACAUUGAAAGUACUCGACGGGAUCACGAUAAAGACGAUUCAAUCUAAGGUCGUUUUUCGUCACGCAGAUGGCCACUAUCAGUUCACGGACGUGUUGCCCGGCCAUUACGAGGUGUUGAUCGACAACGACGUGUUUUGCUGGGAAAAUCCUAGUUACAGGAUCUCCGUAACGUCGGAGCGUGCCGAGGUGCCGCCCUUCGAGCAAACCGGAUUUUCCGUUACCUUUAUCUUUUCUCACGAUACAACGGUGGAAUAUUCCGAAGUGAACGAUCCAAAGAAGAUCACUUUAUCUUUGAACAAAGGUAGCACGAAGCAUUGCGUCACCAAUCCAGGUGUAUACACAUUCACGCCGAAAAGCUGUCACGUGUACGACCGAUCGUCCUAUACCUGGGAUACCAACAGUCUUUCUCCUAUUUUAUUGCACUCGACCGAGCACAGUCACAAAGGGAACAUUGAGAGUGCUUCCGCGUUGGACGGAGUCAAAGUGACGAUAGAAAAUGGCGGCGAAGUCGUCACUCUAGGACCGUUGAAACCGGUGCAGCACGGAAACGUGUACAGAUACGAAUUCGAGUUCAAAGCGAAGACCGAUUACAUUUACACGAUAACACCAUUGUCGAACGUUCUCUUGUUCAGCCCUCCGUCGUUGAAAGUGUUGGGAGUGAACGAUUGUCAGAACGAUAUAGCCACGUUCAUCGGUGAUUUGGGGAAGAUCAUUUCUGGCAAGAUCAAUCCACCCUUGGAGGGAGUCACCGUGCAAAUAUUUGGAAACGAUAAAAAUACCCCGAUACAUACGUCGGUUACUGAGAAGGAUGGGGCAUACAGCAUCGGACCUCUGGAUGGAAAAGUAGACUACAGCGUCGCCGCGGAGAAAGAAGGUUUCGUCAUCGUAGGACCCGAUUCCAACGGAGUGUUCUCCGCUCACAAGUUGGCCGAGAUUAUCGUGCAAGUCUCCGAUCAGGCCGACAACAUCUCGUUGCAAGGCGUUCUCCUUUCGCUGUCCGGUGGGCAAAGUUACCGCAGAAACAGCGUGACGGGCGAGGAUGGCAAACUGAUCUUCAACUCCCUGUCCCCUGGAGAAUAUUAUCUGAGACCAAUGAUGAAGGAGUAUCGUUUCGAUCCUCCCUCGAAAAUGAUCAAAGUCGUCGAAGGAGCGACUGUUACCGUAAAUUUGUUCGGUAAGAGAGUCGCGUUCAGUGCAUACGGUUCCGUGACGUCGCUGAACGGAAAGCCCGAGGCUGGAUUGUUGGUCGAGGUCCAGGGACAAGGAGACUGCAGUAACCUUCAAGAAGAGGCUACUACCGAGGAGAACGGAAACUUCCGAAUCAGAGGACUUCAGCCGACGUGCGCCUACACGUUCCGUCUGAAGCCGAACGCCGAGGUGAACGCGCACAUAGAACGCACGAGCCCCGACUUCGUACCUGUGCAAACCGGCAAGGACAUUCACGAUCUCCGAUUGGUCGCGUUCCAUCCGAUAUCUCGCACCGACAUUUCCGUGUACGUUGUGUCCGGCCAACCGGAGCACUAUCGCACGCUAAAGAUAAAACUGUGCAGAGAGGACACGCCCGAUUCCCCGAUUCAUACCGCGAAAUUGGAGGCUCAGCAACCGAGCAAGAUCGGCAGCAAUUACAACGCUGGAUUUCUCCUGCAUUUCCCGCCGUUGCAGGCGGACGGUAAAAAGUAUUUCGUACAGCUGGAGUCUACGUUGUCGCGGGCGAUGCACAAGUACAGAACCGUGCCCGUUUACUUCGAGGCGAACUCGUCCUUCAAGUACGUGAAGCUGAUGUUCAACGCGGAACGAAAGGUGGACCAGAGCGACAUGAACCAAACGUCCGUGGUCGCGUUGCCGUUCAUAAUGCUCGUGGCGUUCGCGUUCCUCAAUCGCGAGAAAAUGUGGACGUGGCUGAACACGUUGAUCGAGAGACGAUCGAAGCCAGCCGCGAGCUCGAGAGCUCCCAUACAGGCAGUUCCCAUCGAUCCAAGAGCAGACGAUAUAAUCGUCGAACACAUAAUGAACAUUAACAAACGAAAAACUAAGCCGCGCAAGACGUAAUCGAUAUUUUUCGGUUACCGUGGCCGCGGCACUUUCGAGAACACGCGCCGAUCGUUCUGAGGAGGUCUGCUAUAGUUUAAAAAAGUUCAUUCCUGUCUCUUUGCAUUUUCUUAAAGUUUCUGCGCGUUGAAAGCGUGUAAAUUAUUCGAUCGAGGUUCAAGGGAUUAGCGAAACUGUAAGAAAAUGCUGAAGUGAUCGACUAUUUGGUCGCGUAAAACACGAAACUCCUCUUGAGCGAUCGUGGAAGAUUAAUAUUAUAUUC